AUACCUGUAUGCUAUUCAUUACACAUUUCUAAAUUGCUUUCGAGUUCAUCAAAUCAUUCGAUCCACAGAGAUUUCAGAAGUUUUUCGUGUACGAAAAGUAACGAGGAUGCCGCGUUGGGUGAGACCCGAGGUUUAUCCUUUGAUGGCCGCGAUGACGUUUGUGACGACCAUGUGUGUUUUCCAACUUACGAGAAAUGUUUUCAUGAACCCUGAUGUCAGGGUGGACAAGUCUCAUCGUACGACGGCUGUGCUCGAAAAUCAUGAAGAGGGACAUAAAUACGCUGAACAUGGACUUCGUAGGUUCUUACGUACACGACCACCAGAGGUCAUGCCGGCCGUCAACUCCUUCUUCUCCGACACCAAAUAGAGAUCGAUUUACCAUCCUUUCAAAUGAUGUUCGUUUGUGAAUUUUGUUGUGGCGUACAUGUUACCGUUAAACAAUUGAGAUUUAUUGAGUUUGUUUGGUUUGGUUUUUAUAAGGUAUCAUUAAUCUCUAUUUUAAUAUC